UUGUCCCACGCCUAAUCUUGCUGAGAAAAUGGUGUCCUGCCUUUGAGUACAAUGUUCGAGUCAAGUACCUAAAAGUUUUGUCUCAGCUCGUCGUCCUCAAUUCACCCUGCACACUUGAUUUUGACUACAUGGAGAGGUCACAUUUAAACAAUGUGGCCAAAGUUUUGCAAAUGCACAGUUUUGGUGAUAUUAUUGGGCAUUGUUGUGACCCAAAGCUACGCCCAAGAGUACUUAGACAUCAUAGACAAAAGUGUACAGGUUCAGAGUAAUGAAUCCAUCUAUCAGACAUCGGGAGAAGAAGACUACGAAGAUUAUGAGGCAGGAUCCGGAAGUGGAUCAGAUAUCUACGACCUGGCAAUGAACUCUUCCGGGGAAGGAUCUGGAUUGGAAAUUGAAUCUUCUGGUUCAGUUUUGGAUAUAGAAUCCUCAGGAUCAAUAUUUGAGCUGGAGUCCAACGAAACAAAUUUGGAACGUGAAUUUUCUGGAUCAGAUAUGGAAGAAUCGUCUGGUUCAGAAGUGGAGAUGGAAGCGUCUGGAUCAGGUUUGGAAGUGGAAUCCGAAUCUGACUUACAGAUUGGCUCAAGUGGAUCAGGAUUGGAAAUUGAAUCUUAUGAUGCCGAAUUAGAUGCUGAUGCCCUGGGUUCAGGAUCAGGAAUCCAAGGCUCUGGAUCAGGGUUGGAAAUUGCAUCAUCCGGAUCGGGAGUGGAGAUUGAAUCGUCUGCUUGGGGAAUGGAAUCUGAUUUCGACUCACAAAUUGGCUCAAGCGGAUCAGGAUUGGAAAUUGAAUUUUACGAAGUAGAAUUAGAAGUUGAUUCCUCGGGUUUAGGAUUGGGAAAUCAGCCUUCUGGAUCAAGUUUGAAAAUUGGGUCAUCCGAAACAAGUGAAGAAAUUAGUUCCUCAGGCUCAGAAAUAGACUCCUCUGGAAUGGAAUUGGAACCGAGCUCUUCAACGACGGACAAAGGUCUUGAAGAUUUGGCUCUAGAAAGUGAGACCUCUGGGGACCAAUUCGGAUCAACUGAAUCAAGCGGUGAAGUUGAGGUUGUUCAAUAUGAUAUGACAAGUGGAGAUUUUGACUCCAGUGGUGACAUGAAAAACAUGAUGGUUAAAAAUGAAUCCGACCAAGCCUUCAUCCUAUCUAGUUCUGAAGAACAAACUUCCAAUGCCACCCUGCUUUUGUCCAUAAGCGAUAGCGAAGAGAUUAUGACUGUUGCAAAUGAUACCGAAGAAAUCACUGACUUGUUUAGUGCCAACAACGAAACAGUCCACUCAUCCGGUGAAACUUCUGUUGAAGACAUCCUUGACUCUAGCGAGUCACCCCUGAUUCAAGAAGGCCAAGACGAAAGUAGAGGUUGUGAGUCUAGUAGGUUUGGCUGUUGUUCAGAUGAUCUGAACCCAGCUCAUGGCCCCAAUGAAUUGGGAUGUUGCUCGACUACUGAAUUCGGUUGUUGUGCGGACAAUCUCACUCCAGCCAAAGGACCGUAUGAGGAAGGCUGCGAUUGUCAAGAAACCGAAUUUGGCUGUUGCCCUGAUCAAAGAACACCGGCCACAGGAACCGACAAUCAAGGGUGUGGGUGUCAAUUCUCAGAAUUUGGAUGUUGCCCAGAUCAAAGCACUACGGCCAAAGGAACCAGCUUUAAAGGAUGCUCUUGUGAAACGUUUGAAUUUGGAUGUUGUCCCGAUGGAAAAUCGGUGGCUCAAGGAACAAAUUUUGAAGGGUGCCAAGCUUGUAACAGCGAGUUCGGAUGCUGCCCUGAAGAAAUUACUCCCAAGCAAGCUGAAAAUGAGGAAUGUGGGUGCGAAGCCUCUCGAUAUGGAUGCUGCCUUGAUGGCGAGACUGCAGCUUCUGGUUUCGAUUUUCAAGGCUGUUCCAUGAAACCGGGAGAACAUUGUCAUUUAGCCCCGGAACAGGGUCCGUGUUCGAAUUACACCAGCAAAUGGUUCUACGACAUGGAAUGGGGCGGCUGCAACCGUUUCUGGUACGGUGGCUGUGAUCCAGGUCGGAACCAUUUCGACGAUGAAGCCUCCUGCAAAGAGGCAUGCUUUGAACCUCGUGGAGCUGGAGCUUGCUUCCUGAAGAAGGUGAAGGGACCUUGAGAUGGCAAUUACACCGAGUGGCACUUUGACCAGGAGAGGAAAACAUGCACCCAAUUCGCUUACAGUGGAUGCUUAGGAAACAACAAUCGAUUCCUGACCAAACAAGACUGUGUGGACAUGUGUAUGCCGCAAGAAGAUGUUCCAGUGUGUGGAAAACCCAAAGCAGAAGGAGCUUGUGCAGGCGACUUCCCGCGGUUCUUCUACAAUGAGGACACUGGUAAUUGUGAGUCAUUCUCCUUCUCUGGAUGCCUGGGGAACAACAAUCGAUUUCUCACAAUGGACGAGUGUGAAUCUUCCUGUCUGCAUAAAGCCAAGCAAAAGCUAACAGACACGGUGUGCAAGAUGUACAUUGAAGCCGGCAACUGUGACGAGGAGUCCGAAAAGGCCAAUGCCACCCUGCCACGUUGGGGAUACGACGAGCGAAUGCGGAGAUGUGUUCCAUUCUUCUACGCUGGAUGUGGUGGAAAUGAAAACAACUUUGAGAGUAGACAAGCUUGCGAGAGGGUGUGUCCCACCACGUUCCCUCCCAUCAUCACACUGCCGAGAGGGGCUGAGAUCUUGGUGAAAAGGAACACUCAAGGGCUCAAUCUGCCGGUAGCGGUGAGGGCCAAUCCCCCUCCCAAAGUCAUGUGGAUUCGAAAUGGCAAGGAAAUAUCUCCAUUCGACUACCGAUACGACAUCUUGUCAGACUUCUCGUUGACAAUUAAACAAAUUGGUGAGCUAGAUGCUGGCCUUUACACGAUUACGGCCGACAAUGGAAUCGGGAGUGCGGCCACCCAAGUGGUGGAAGUUGUCGUUUACCCGUUAUACCCCAAAGUUGCCAUUAAAAUGGACAAGUCCAUCUUCAAACCCGAAACACAAGUUACCAUUCCCUGUACCAUUAGAGGCUAUCCUCCACCAGAGAUCCAAUGGUUCAAAUUGGGACGAAGCAGGAACGAUCCUUUGGUCCCCUUGCAAGAGGAUCGCCCUCGCUUGACAAUCGAAACGUUUCAAACCACCACAACAACCACACUGAGCAACGUUAUUAUAGAGAAUGCUUCAGAUACUGAUAGUGGAAAUUAUCGAUGUUUGGCUACAACCCAAUCUUAUCCGGAUGUGAGUGACACCGAAACCAUCCAAAUUCAAUAUGGACCUGGUGAGCUUUGCAUCGAUCGUCCCUCAUACAAGCACUGCGCCCAAAUUGUGCGUUACAAAUUUUGUGGAAAUCGUUAUUAUGGUCAAUAUUGUUGCCGGUCUUGCACUGAAGCCGGUUAUGUACCCGGUGGUCUUCAAGUCCGAUAAUAUAUAUUUCAGCUCUUUGUUUAUCUGCGAAGUAGAAUAUACUACUCCUUUUGGAAAUAUAACUAAUGCCGUUGAGAUAGUAUGAUAUUUUUUGGGUGGAGGGAGUUUCCUCCACUAUGGAUGUCGUGUAAAAAACGCAUAUUUCCUUUUCCACGUUAAUACAUGUGUUGGCAACAAUCCAAGUCAUGUCAA